AUGAACCAGGAUAUAACUUAAAAAAAUAUAAUUCCAGUAAACACAUAUUUUUAAUUUGGAUUAAUACUUCUCCUCUCCUCAUUGAAUUACAAACAUAACUAACCGUAAGCUAAUAUUGUACUAUUGUACAUCAGUUCAUACUCAACAACAGUACCCCGCAGGAGUGGGAUAGAUAUGAAAUGUGAACCAUCAAUAACAGCCUUUGUAAAGACCCCAAACCCUCGACGAAGAACAGAUAAUAACGUAUCGACAUCAUGGAGAAAUUGGAUACAACAACAUAAAUGGUUUUCUUUUUUGUCUCGUACCCGUACGUAGCCCGACGUCAAAUAUGGCUACUUAUCUACCGAAUCAGGACUGACGCAUGGAAGACCGGAGCCGCAUUCCCAGUAACUCAGCCCGGAGCCCCAACCGCCCAACCCCAAAUCCAACAGCCCGCAGUCCCAACCAGCCACCGAGGACCCAGCAAAUGGCUGUACUCCUGUGGACUAUGCCAACAAGACCACAGCCUUUACUCGAGCCCUGUGUCCCGCGACAGACCCCGUUUCAGAGGUAUGAGACGGUGGAAAGACGUGGUUAUUGUCGAAACUGUCUGGCAAGGAGCCAUCUUGCCCCCGAUUGCCCCAGUUUUGAUGGCUGCAGACGUUGCGACAGCAGGCACCAUACGACCCUGCACGGGGCAUCGCAGCUGGAUGAGGUGCCACGAGCAGAUGGAAGCUAUAAACGCACCAGCCUUUGCAUGGGAUUUGAUAUUGGUGCCCACCGUAAUGAUCAGAUUAAUGGCCGAAGGGAUGGAAGGGUUCGUGAUGGUGCGGGCACUGAUGAGCCAGUCGGCAACUAUGACCACCAUUUCAUAUGCGGCAUAUGCAGCACCGCAACGCAUAACCACAUUCACUAUACGACCCAGAAGAAUUAGCAGCAGCUGGUCUCUGCAGGUAAAUGCGGUGGUGAGAGACAAACUCCCCAGGCGACUUUAUUCGGAGGCUCUUUUGGAAGACUCCACUCGGGGCUUCACUAAUUACGCCAUCGCCGGCCCAGAUCCUAGGGGGAACACGCCUAUAGAUGUGGAAUUAGGGGCGGACACAUACAACGCGAUUCGCAAAAGUGGGUGUGUGGCGGUUGGAUUGACCGAACCGGAACAUGCCUGCUGCCGAAAAUUAACAUUGUCGUUCAACACACAGCUGGGAAUUGUGUUCGCUGGACAGAUUCGGAACAUGGCAGCUGCCGAAAAUUGUAUGGAGCAAGUGGAAUUGAAGAUUUACACUUAUCACUCGGGGCCCAGAAAUGUUUACUAAUGCGUAAACUUUUGAUCUCCAUUGUCAGUUGGAGUUAACGGCCACUGCGGCAAAUUUUUAAAUAUAUGUUGCACUAACUGACUGGAAGUAAAUAAGCAAUAAAUUGAUUUGCAAAUUUGGUUGCCAAGCUGAUGCAAAUUAGGCAUCAACACAGUUCGUCUUGAAAUCGUGCCCGCGAAAGUUUAAAGUGCUCCCCAGUGACAAGUUAAAAUUAAAGACAAUAAUAAGUGAAGAUUUAAAUUAACAAACAUAAUUACAGAACAUUUUCACACA